UCAACUGUACGAACAACUGAGACUAAUUUGUUGUCACCUGCACGACUCUGCUGCGGCUUCCUCUCAAUAAAUAUCCAUUUAUUCACUCGGAUUAAAAUUAUUUUCUCUUCGCUGUCUGUAAUGACGCGGUCGUAUCGCGUCAUGACGCACUCCAAUUAAACCAAGUUGUAAAUGGAUCUAGUAGUUCAGCAUGGACAUGGCGAAAAGAUGUGCACAAGUCAACUGAAGUGAAGUGGACUGAGGACUGUCACUCAUAGUUCAUGUUGAGAAUCCGACUUUUAACCGGACGUAGCUAACCAGACACCAUGGCUGGAGACGACCACUACCUUCAUACUUCCAACCAGAUUUUUGACAACAUCAUCAUGGAUCCAUCGUGGGAGUUCACACAUUUUCCUGCGAUGUCUCAGACGUCGUCCGUGCGGACAGUGGACGGACCGUUCCUGCAUAUCGUGGAGCAGCCCAAACAGCGUGGCUUCAGGUUCAGAUACGGCUGUGAGGGUCCGUCUCACGGCGGUCUACCAGGAGCCUCCAGUGAGAAGAACAGGAAGACCUACCCCACUGUCAAGGUCAGUAACUACCAGGGUCCGGCCCGGGUGGUGGUGCAGCUGGUGACGGCGCUGACCCCCCUCACUCAGCUUCACGCUCACAGUCUGGUGGGAAAACAGUGCGACAAAGGGAUCUGCAUCGUGGACCUGCACCCCAAAGACUCGAACAUCAGUUUUCCCAACCUGGGCAUCCUCCAUGUGACGAAGAAGAACGUGGCGAAGACUCUGGAGGAGAGGAUGAUCGAGGCCGUCAGGAUGGGAUACAACUGCGGAAUCUCCAUCCACCCCGAGAUCGACGCCCUGCAGGGGGAAGUCCGAGUCCCCCGAGACCUCAGCGACCACCAGCGCAGUUUGAUCAGCAGUGCGGCGUCUCUUCAGGCUAAAGAAAUGGACCUCAGCGUCGUCCGCCUCAUGUUCACGGCGUUCCUCCCGGACAGCGACGGGGGUUUCUCCAGGCGCCUCGAGCCCGUCGUGUCUGAACCGAUCUACGACAGCAAGGCUCCGAACGCCUCCAACCUGAAGAUUGUGAGGAUGGAUCGAACCGCUGGCUGUGUGAGCGGAGGAGAGGAGGUCUACCUGCUCUGUGACAAGGUCCAGAAAGAUGACAUCCUGGUUCGGUUCUAUGAAGAGGACGACUCAGGGUUGACCUGGGAGGCUCUGGGAGAUUUUUCCCCGACAGAUGUUCACAGACAGUUCGCCAUCGUGUUCAAGACUCCGAAGUAUCGAGACCAGAACCUGCAGAAGCCGACGUCCGUGUUCGUCCAGCUGAAGAGGAGGUCUGACAACGAGACGAGCGAGCCCAAACCCUUCACCUACCACCCCCAGAUCAUAGACAAGGAGGAGGUGCAGAGGAAGAGACAGAAGACGUUGCCAAACUUCCAGGACUUCAGCGGUCAUGGAGGAGGAGGAGGAGGACUGUACCGAGGAGGGGGAGGAGGAGGUCCUGCUGCUGGAGGACCUGGCUCUGCAGGAGGAGGAGGAGGAGGAGGAGCUUACUUCCAGGGCUUCACCACCUACAACUAUGGAGGAGGAGGAGGAGGAGGUGGAGGUUUCUCCACAGGGUACUCAGCUGGUCUGGGAGGAGGAGGCAUCAAACACGCGUCUCAGGGCGACGCGGCGGACGACAGCAGCGCGGACAGUGAUUCGGACGACGACUCGGGGUCAGGGGUCAUGCUGAGAUCUUCGACCCGGCCAGGAGGCCCGGAGGUGGGGCAGAGGACUGAGGAGGGAGGUGUCAGUGUGGAGCCACACAGAGACGAGCAGUUGGAUCAGGUGACCGGCAGACAGUUGGAGGCUCUCUUUCAGUACUCAGUUACAGGAGACUCAGCGUACCUGCUGGCUCCACAGCGCCCCCUGAUGGACGCACAGAACGAGGAUGGAGACACCGGGCUCCAUCUGGCAGUUCUCCACAGCCAGCAGGAGGCGCUGAAGAGUCUGACUCAGGUUGUGUCUGCCCUGCCUGGACAGGAGGUGCUCAACAUGAGGAACCACCUCUACCAGACUCCUUUGCACCUGGCUGUGAUCACCCAGCAGAAGGAGGCGGUGGAAGCGCUGCUAUUGGCCGGCGCCGACCCGACUCUGACAGAUCGUUAUGGCAACACUGCACUCCACCUGGCAUCCCAGCUCGACGGAGGAGGGAUGGUCCAGUUUUUACUACAACACAGAGAGCUGAGAGGACUGCUGGAGCGCACCAACACAGCAGGUCUGUGUGCAAUCCACCUGGCGGUUCUGGCCAAUCAGCUGUCUUCUCUCAGGGAGCUGCUGGAGGGCGGGGCUAAUGUGGAGACUCCGGAGCGCAGCUGUGGACGGACCGCACUUCACCUCGCCACCGAAAGCGACAACGUGUCUCUGGCGGGCUGCCUGCUGCUGGAGGGAAAUGCCAGGGUGGACUGCUGCACCUUUAACGGCUCCACCCCUCUCCACAUCGCUGCAGGGCGGGGCUCCAUCAAGCUAACAGCCCUCCUGAUGGCUGCAGGUGCAGACCCUCAUAAAGAGAACUUUGAGCCACUGUUCUUCAGGGAGGAGGAGUGCUGUGAUGAAGAGAGGGAGGCUGAAGAGGAUGAAGAUGAAGGCUAUAUCCCAGGAACCACUCCGCUCAACAUGGCCACCACCACUCAGGUGCUGGAGCUCUUGAAUGGUAAAGAAUAUGAACCAAAGUCUCCACACAAAGCGUUCACACCUCCUCAAGGCGACCUGCUGACUCUGGACGUGGAGGUGAAGCAGCAGGUGUGCUGCGCUCUGGAGAGUGAAGGAUGCUGGGAGAGUCUGGCUCACAGUCUGGGUCUCGGGAUCCUCAACAUGGCCUUUAGACUGAGCCCCUCCCCCGCCAAAACACUGCUGGACAGCUACGAGGUCUCAGGUGGGACAGUCACAGACCUGUUGGCUGGUCUGAGGUCAGUCGGAGAGUGCAGAGCGCUGAGCAUCCUGGAGGAGGCGCUGCGUCACCUCGACGACCAGGAGAUGCAGAUGACCAAUGAGAUGAGAGGUGAGUCUCUCUGCGCUCAGGUUCAGGAUCUGAAGGUGGAGGUUCGGCUCGACAGCGGGGUGUGUGACAGCGGGGUGGAGCUGUCCACAGCCUGACCGUCUCAUUGGUCUGUCUGCAGUUUGUCAGAACAAGCACAAUCCAUCCAUCAUCCAUCCAUCAUCCAUCCAUCCAUCCAUCAUCCUUCUACUAUCCACCCUCAUCCAACAUCCAUCCAUCCAUCCAUCCAUCCUCC